UCAUAGGAUCCAUCAUCACAGCAGCAGGCGCAUGACUGUUAAGUCAGAGUAACUACAGUACUGAGCCACUCUCUUUCUCACUGUGAUACCCGGUUUCCCUGGUGACGUGAGGCGGUCGUUGAUGUUGUCCUAUUAGGUCUGCGAUCAGUCAGAGUUUUACUCCCACCGUGUUUGAUCGUUGAUCUGUGUGGAGUCCACUUCAGACCAGAAACAACUAUACGCCACCUUGCCUCAUUUUAUCAGAAUGCGUCUCAGUACAGAGGAGAAAAUUGAGCUGGGACUCAAGGACCUGGGGACAGUCAACCAUGCAUUUGGGGACAAAGACAGUGAUGAACCGCCACAGCUGACUGUUGACAUUGGGGAAACACACACGGAGGCCCUGGGGGAGACUGUGGACAAACGUGCAGAUUUGGUUUACUCCCUCAAUGACAGGCCGCCGUGGUACCUCUGCAUACUGCUCGGUUUCCAGCAUUACAUCCUCGCAUUCGGGGGCAUCAUAGCAGUCCCACUGAUCCUGGCCGAGCCCCUCUGCAUAAAGGACAACAACAUUGCCAAAAGCCAGCUGAUCUCCACCAUAUUCUUUGUGUCGGGACUAUGUACACUGCUGCAGACAACUGUCGGUAUCAGGUUACCGAUCCUCCAGGGAGGGACAUUCAGUUUUAUCACUCCGACCCUAGCCAUUCUCGCUCUACCGAAGUGGCAGUGUCCAGCCCCAAAAGAAUCUGUCAUGCUGUCCGUGCAGCUGCAGAACAGCACCAGCCCUCAGCAAAUGGAAAAUUCUGAUGAGGUCUGGAUGUCACGAAUGCGUGAGAUCCAGGGGGCCAUCCUUGUGUCCUCUCUGCUCCAGAUCGUCCUGGGUUUUUCCGGGCUGGUGGGUCUUGUGCUGAAAUACAUUGGCCCGCUGGCUAUCGCUCCCACCAUCACCCUCAUCGGCCUGUCACUGUUCAUUGAAGCUGGGAAGAAGUCUGGAGGUCACUGGGGAAUAGCUGCUCUCACGGUCUGUCUGAUCCUCCUGUUUUCCCAGUAUCUCAGCAAAGUCGAUGUUCCAAUGAUUGCUUACAAGGAUAAGAAGUGGAAGGUUUUCCAGUAUCCACUCUUCAAGCUCUUCUCUGCUUUGUUCGGGAUGUGUGGCGCCUGGCUGGUCUGCUUCUUACUGACAAUCUUUGACGUCUUUCCUUCAAAGUCCGAUGAGUAUGGCUUCUCAGCCAGGACUGACAUCAGCCUGGAUGCUGUGGCAAACUCCCCUUGGAUCCAUGUGCCUUACCCAGGUGCUGGAGUAUCGGCAUUAUCGACCCAAGACGAUGACGACAUGUGCUUUAAAGGGGAAUUCAAGAAGUUCAGCGGGAAAAUUAUUAAGGGAAAGGUAACAGUCCAAGGUCAAUGGGGUAUGCCCACAGUGAGUGUGUCUUCAGUGUUGGGUAUGAUGGCAGGCGUCUUGGCCUCGACCAUGGAAUCAAUCGGUGACUACUACGCUUGUGCUCGCUUGUCUGGCGCCCCUCCUCCCCCGACUCAUGCCAUAAACCGAGGUAUCGCAGUGGAGGGCAUUGGCUGCAUCCUGGCUGCACUGUGGGGAACUGGAAACGGAACCACCUCCUACAGCCAGAACAUCGCUGCACUGGGCAUCACCAAGGUUGGCAGCAGACUGGUCCUCCAGACGACCGGCAUUCUGAUGAUCGUCCUGGGGAUCUUUGGGAAAUUUGGAGCAGUUUUUAUCACCAUCCCAGACCCGGUCAUUGGAGGCAUGUUCCUCGUUAUGUUUGGAAUGAUCGCAGCAGUGGGGAUAUCCAACCUUCAGUAUGUGGAUCUUAACUCGUCCCGUAACCUGCUCAUCCUUGGCUUCUCUACCUUCAGCGGUCUUGUUUUACCUACCUGGUUUCACUCCAAUCCCGGCAUCAUUGACACAGGAAUAAAAGAGCUGGACCAAGUGAUUGUAGUGCUCUUCACCACACACAUGUUCAUCGGAGGAUUCUUUGGAUUUAUACUGGAUAACACCAUUCCAGGCACUGAUAAAGAGCGGGGCAUCAAAAGCUGGAGAGACAAGGUGCAACAGGAAGGCAGAAACUUUUGUGACCAGUCGUGCUAUGAUAUCCCUUUCUGCAAUGGUGUUUUGAAACGGUUUAGAUGCUUCCAAUACCUGCCCUUCCUCCCUUCUUACAAGACCACCCAACAGGGGGCAUCCUAGUGAUGAAGUUUUAACUUACAGGGUAGCAUUGUUGCUGGACUAAUAGCCAAUCAGUAUUUGAGGUUUUAUUAAAUAAAUUCUAUCUAAACAUUAUAUCUUCUUAAGGACUUCCAAGUUCAAUACUUUUGUCCUUAUAUAGAGUAAAACAUUGAUUUAAACGUUUUAAUGAAUUUUGAUAACAAAGUCGAGGUACUGUGUCUCCUUACAGUUGGAAUUCAACAAAAUAAACCCCCUCCAUGUCUAGCUUAAUAAAACAUCUGUAGUGCCUGAACAAGCAAAGAGCAGCAUGAUACACUUAGGAAGAAUCAUCAGUCCUCACAAAGAGCUUGCAAAGACAUAAAUUAGACACUCCUUUAAUUUGUGAAAGAGAGAUUUUGAAGCUGAAACAUUUUGUUUAUUUAAGAAAAAUGUCUCUUGGGUGUGCAAAGCUUUUUGAGGCUUUGAGCAUGCACGAAAUCUUUGCAUUACCCAUGUUUCAUACACAGCCGAUUGACCUUAAGAAUUUUUACCUUACCUUAUUUUACCUUCAUUUUACCAGGAAGUCUCAUUGAGAUAAAAAAUAAAUUAAAAAAAAUCUCUUUUACAAGAGACCUGGCCAUGGUAGGAGUGCUAAAAAAUGUAAAACAUAGUAAAAUACAACAUAUCCUCGCUGUCGGUUGAAAAUCUUGUAUGUCCAAAAAAAUUUAAAAAAUGUUAGUAUGUCUGAAAGUAUGAAUCCAACAUAAAAUAAUAGCAAAGAUAAAUUUGCCUAUUGGUGGAAAAAAAACGUUUAAUUUACACAUUGAACAUAGGCUUACUAUAGGUAAGGUAGCCACUAUGGUAGCCAUACAGUUAAGCUUUCGGAUUUACUGUGCUUUCCACAUGGAUGUUUAACGUUUAAACAUGAUGUAUAAACAGCAUCCGUUUAUUUUCAUCCAUUCGGCCCAGUUUAAAAUGCAACUGAAUUGUAUACAGUAUAUGCAGCAGGGGGUCCCUACUCAGUCUCUCAUUCAGCUAAGGGGUCCCUGCCCUAAAAAAUGUUAAAUACCCCUGCUCUAAACUGUUUAAAUAUUUGUAAAACCCACAGACAAAUGUAAAAGUUGAUCAAUAGCAUUGAUUUAUGAAAAAAAAUGUAAGUGGCGAAUUAUGGAUAUACACGGUUUCUGCCCGACAGCGACAUUAUUCAAUAUGAUAUUAGUGCCGUCAGUUAAACGCGUUAUUAACGGCGUUAACGCAAACACAUUUUAACGGCGUCAAUUUUUUUAUCGCGAGAUUAACGCUCUUUUUAG